AUGCUUUCUCUUCAAUUACUUGUGCUAUUCCUAUCCAAACUUUUUCUGCUUCAAUCUACUUUUGCAAUUGAUUUUGCCUUCAAUGGUUUCAAUUCUUCUGAUAUCUUGCUCUAUGGCAAUGCAACAAUAGAUUCUGGUGUUCUUUCUCUUACUGAAAAUAGCACCUAUUCAAUUGGUAGAGCUCUCUACAGUGCCAAGGUACCCACAAGGUAUCCAAACUCCUUAAACCUUCUGCCUUUCACAACCUCUUUCACCUUUUCUAUAUCUCCAAACAAGGAUCUUCUCGGGGGCCAUGGAUUCGUCCUCAUUUUUGUCCCUGCUCCUGGUAUCCAAGGUGCCUCUGCAGCGCAGUAUCUUGGCUUCUUGAACAAUACAAACGAUGGUAAUCCUAGCAACCAUGCUUUUGGUAUCGAAUUUGAUGUGUUCCAAGACAAAAAAUACGGCGAUAUUGACAAUAAUCAUGUUGGUGUUGACGUCAAUUCUCUAACUUCUCUGGCUUCUUACAAAGCCGGAUACUGGUUUGCCGAUGACACGAAGGAGGACAGUAACAACACUAAUUGGUCUUUCAAGGAACUAGAGCUGAACGAUGGAGCCAAUUACCAAGCAUGGAUUGAAUUCUGGAACAACCAGCUCAGCAUCACAUUGGCUCCAGAAAACAUAAAAAAGCCAGGGAGACCUUUGAUUAUGGUUCCUCUUGAUCUCUCUGAUGUUUUCCUUGAUGAAAUGUACGUGGGGCUCACUGCAUCAACCGGAGCAAACAUGGUAAAUCAUAAAAUUUUGAGUUGGAGCUUCAGUAAUUGA